ACCUGUCAUAAUGCUAACAGCCACAGAGCUUCUCCCCGUAUAGAGCUCUGCAUUCACCCAAACGAUGCAGACCAGAGGCCACUUUGCACUCGUCUUCACGUUUCUCUUUUGACCUAUUGGGGAGUAACUGUGGUCGGGUUUACAUUUAUUUACUAGAGUUUAAUUUGCUUUGGUCAGCGAUGUCACAUAUGUUGCAGGCGGCCGAACGGGUGAAAUGGAGCAAGGAGGCUGCCCUUAAAAAAACUGCCUUCCUUCUGGCUGCAGCGUAUGGAGUGAAGCUCGUGUACCCCAUCCUCUGCAGGCAGCUCCGGCGAAAGGACAGGAGCCCCUGCAGGCAUGCACUUAGCGAGCUCGCCGGCGGUACUCCUACUCACACCUCCCCGGCCAUCAAUGCGGAAUUCUACAGACAGCUGCUCGAGCUCAGGAAAAUCCUAUUCCCCAAAAUGGUGACAAAGGAGAUAGGGCUGCUCUCCGUUCACUCAUUGGCUUUAAUAUCCAGGACGUUCCUGUCUGUUUAUGUUGCAGGUUUGGACGGGAAAAUAGUAAAAAGUAUUGUGGAGAAAAAACCAAGGAGCUUCCUGGUGCAAUUGAUGAAAUGGCUUCUCAUUGCCAUCCCGGCCACUUUUGUGAAUAGUGCAAUACGCUACUUGGAGUGCAAGUUGGCGCUGGCCUUCCGCACUCGGCUAGUGGACCACGCUUACGAGACCUAUUUCGCAGAUCAGACUUAUUAUAAAAUCAUUAAUAUGGACGGCAGGCUGGCCAACCCCGACCAGUCCCUGACCGAAGAUAUUAUGAUGUUUUCACAGUCAGUGGCCCAUUUGUAUUCUAACCUUACCAAGCCCAUAUUAGAUGUAGUAUUGACCUCUUACACACUCAUCCAGACUGCUAGGUCAAGAGGAGCUAAUCCCCUGGGGCCUACGCUUCUAGCUGGAAUGGUAGUUUACGCAACAGCCAAAGUGCUGAAAGCAUGCUCUCCUAAAUUUGGCAAACUGGUGGCUGAAGAAGCGCAUAGAAAAGGUUACCUGCGCUAUGUCCAUUCUAGAAUCAUAGCCAAUGUCGAAGAAAUCGCGUUCUACAGAGGUCACAAGGUAGAAAUGACAAAACUUCAGAAAAGUUAUAUGGCUCUGGCAGAUCAAAUAAAUCUUAUUCUUUCCAAACGUCUUUGGUAUGUAAUGAUAGAGCAAUUCUUGAUGAAAUAUGUAUGGAGUGGCAGUGGCUUAGUAAUGGUUGCUGUUCCCAUAAUCACUGCAACAGGCUUUGCAGAUGGAGAAUUAGAAGAUGGACAGAAACAAGCAAUGGUGAGUGAACGUACUGAAGCUUUCACUACAGCCAGAAAUUUAUUGGCUUCAGGAGCUGAUGCCAUUGAAAGAAUAAUGUCAUCGUACAAAGAGGUCACAGAAUUAGCAGGUUACACGGCAAGAGUGUACAAUAUGUUUAUGGUCUUUGAUGAAGUUAAGAGAGGAAUAUAUAAAAAGUCUUUAAUUCAGGAAACGAUGCAAACUGAAGAUAAUAAAGGAAGAACAGGAUUGCACAUCGAUGGACCUUUGGAAAUUAAAGGUAAAGUAAUUGAUGUUGAUCAUGGGAUCAUCUGUGAAAAUGUCCCUAUCAUUACUCCAAAUGGAGAUGUCGUGGUUUCCAAGUUGAACAUUAAAGUAAAAGAAGGAAUGCAUCUUCUAAUUACGGGUCCAAAUGGCUGUGGAAAAAGUUCUCUCUUUAGAAUUUUAGGUGGUCUAUGGCCUGUUUAUGAAGGAGUUCUCUAUAAACCCCCUCCUGAACAAAUGUUCUAUAUCCCACAAAGACCCUAUAUGUCUAUUGGAACACUUAGAGAUCAAGUAAUCUAUCCUGACUCUGUGGAUGAUAUGCAUGAAAAAGGAUAUCAGGACCAUGACCUGGAAUAUAUACUUGAUCUAGUUUAUCUAAAUCACAUUGCAGUAAGAGAGGGAGGAUGGGAUGCAGUUAUGGACUGGAAAGAUGUUUUGUCAGGAGGUGAAAAACAAAGAAUGGGCAUGGCAAGGAUGUUUUACCAUAAACCCCAAUAUGCAUUGUUGGAUGAAUGCACAAGCGCUGUUAGUAUUGAUGUGGAGGGAAAAAUAUUUCAAGCUGCAAAAGAUGCUGGAAUAAGUCUUCUUUCAAUAACACAUCGGCCAUCACUAUGGAAGUAUCACACGCAUUUGUUGCAGUUUGAUGGAGAAGGUGGUUGGCGCUUUGAAGAACUGGAUACUGCUACACGUCUAUCUUUAAGUGAAGAAAAACAGAGACUUGAAUCUCAACUUGCUGGAAUUCCUAAAAUGCAACAGAGACUAAAUGAACUUUGUCAAAUUUUAGGAGAAGAUUCAGUGCUUAAAACAAUCCACAAUAACACAUAAUUGUAUUGUGUCAAUUCAUAAAAUCUAAUUUGAACAAAUUUACUUUUUAGUAAACUAUGAGCCCAUGGUGUGCAAAUGAGAAGUCUGCAUGCAUGGAUUGUCACCAAAUCUGUUUGGCAAAAUAUUAAUAAAAAUAUCACUAUUGUCCUUAUGAUUCAGCAAUGCUUCAGAGAUAAACACACAGCAAUUACCACAACCCUCUGCUAAUGAUACAAAUGCGUUAACUGCACCAAGUACGGUAAGUACAGUGGUCUAGAAUAAAUCCUAGUUACUCUAUUAGCAUGACGUAUGUCAUAAACAUCUCACUCUUAUCACAGACCAUUGAUUUAACCCCUUAAGGACUGAUAUAAUUGUACAAGUUCUGAUAAGAUCAAAACGUAAACAAGAUCUGGAAUUUGCGCUUUAUGUCUGUUCAACCGUA